AUGACUUUCUUUCUGCUUCACACCAAUUCUUUUCUUCUUGGAGUACUCUCACUAAUUCCAACGGCUUAUACAGCAUGUAUCUUAAGUGGUGAUGAAACUACUAUUAAUGAUCUACUCUCUAGUGGAGGUGCCAAUGCCAUAGUAUCUCUCUGUGCCAAUAGCGUAUUCAAUCUGAAAAAUCCAAUCGUUUUUACAGCUCCUAAUCAAGAAUUAUCUACACAAGGAUAUUCUACAGACUCUACACGUGCGACUCUUGUUGUCACUGGUGUUAAUCAGACUGCUGCAAUUAUAGGUAACUGCGAUCAAUGUUCUGGUUUGAGACUUCGAAACAUCCAAGUGAAUGGUAACAGACCAGCUCUAGGAUUAUUUGAGGGUAGUGCGAAUAUUGAGAUUGGAGGACCUACUAGUAACCAACUUGUGGACCAUGUACAUUCCUACGAACCUCGAGGAUGGUCAUGUCUGCAUAUCACCGAAAGUGGAAUAAGUGGUUGCAGGAAUGCAACUAUUACUAACAAUGAAAUAGGUCCCGCAGGCGAUUCUGCUGGUCAUUGGGCAGAUGGCAUAUCCAUGGCGUGCAUAAGUAGCUUGGUUGCAAACAAUGUAAUUACAGAUGCUACAGAUGGUGCUAUUGUGAUUUUUGGUGCUCCUUUUACCACAGUCAAAAACAAUACUAUCAUUGCUAUAUCUCGCGUGAUUCUGGGUGCUAUCAACAUGGUAGAUUAUGAUCAAUAUUCCGGAGAUUAUACUGGUGCUACAGUUACGGACAAUACUAUUUGGGCUAAAUCAGCAUUCAUUAAAACAGGUAUUUCUAUUGGCCCAGCUGUGUGGGGAGCAGAUAAAACAAACUACAACCGCAAUGGUAUAGUUCGUCGCAAUACAAUUAAGGGUGAUAAUAUGGGUUAUGGUAUUAUUGUCUCUGGUGCACAUAAUUUUACUGUCUUAGACAAUAUCUCUACCGCGAAUUACAGUGGUGCUUUUACUUCGAGUUGUUACACGCCUAAUAAUGCGCCUCCAAUGGCAUUUCUAAAAAUCGAACUUGGCUUCGAGGAAAGUUCAUGUGUACCAAAUAAUAGUGAUCAAAUAACAUCUCAAACAUUGAAAAUCUAUAAAGCUUACUUUGAAGUACCAUGUCUUCAAUAUACAGAACAAUUUUAUCGUCAAGAAACAGCUAAUUUUGUUGUUCACAAUUCUAUGUAUCACGAUGGAUUGAUGAAGAAUAGGCGUGUAACAUCAGAAACUUGCCUAUGUGAUUAUAUAGUUCGAAUUGAAUGUCAAACAUGUCAAGGUACUUUACCAUAUGAUUCAUGUUCGUCAAAUACAGCAUGUGGUUGUCUUCGUCUAGCAUCUAAUAAUGAUAAUAGUAGUAUAUGUGCUUAUCUUUCUUUGAGUUGUUCUAAAUUGAUUUCAUGUGCUCCUAACAACCAAACGUGUUAUCAACCGAGACAUGUUUGUGUGGAACAUCCACGAUGUCAAAAUCGUCCUCUAUGUUAUCCAAUUGAUAUGACUACUAGAGAAAUAUGUCCUCUUGUACUACCAACAACAACAGGAGCAACUACACCAAUGAUACCUGAUGAUGGUAUAUGUGCGAGUGCAAAAUGGAAUCCUAAUGGAACUACUGUUAUCGGAGGAAAAGUUUCUGUUAUAAAUGAAUAUUCUAUGCCUGGUACUUCUAGUGGUCAGGUAGUUGCUGGUGGUAAUGGACCCGGCAAUGGCACUCAUCAACUUGCGUAUCCGGAAGGUUUUGCUAUUGAUAAAAAUGGAAGUCUCUUUAUUUGUGAUCCAGGAAAUAGACGUGUUCAAAGAUGGUAUAACAAUGAUGAUCAUGGAACUACAAUCAUGUUUGAUACUCAUUGUUGGGGAAUUGUGAUUGAUGAUGAAGGAUUAGUGUAUAUUUCUGACUCAGUUGAUUACCAUCGUGUAAUAACAUGGCCCGAUGGUAGAACAGUCGCAGGUGGAAACGGAGAAGGAAAUGCAUUGAAUCAAUUAUCGAAUCCCUAUCUGAUAUUUGUUGAUCAUAAUCGAUCGGUUUUCGUUGCUGAUGGAGGCAACCACCGUGUAAUGAAAUGGUCCGCCGGAGCCACUGAAGGUUUAAUUGUUGCAGGCGGAAAUGGAGCAGGACAUGAACUCAAUCAGUUAGGUGAACCUUCCUCGGUUAUUGUUGAUCGAAUGGGUACACUUUAUAUAGGUGAAGCUUUUAAUGCGAGAAUUACACGUUGGUUCAAAGGAAGUAAAGAGGGUAUUGUUAUUGUUGGUGGACGUGGUGAGGGUAAUCAUGCAGAUCAGAUAACAAAACAAUGUGAUAUGGCAUUUGAUCGUGAUGGAAACUUAUGGGUAGCCGAUUAUUUUAAUCAUCGUAUACAAUUUUUUGCGAUAGACAAAAGUUCUUGCAAAUCACGUAAGUACACAGUUCCUUUUCUGAUCAAUGAAUCUAUCAUUAUUGUCACAUUUUAG